AUGUAUCAGAGCAACGAAAAGGUUCUGGAUGCCGAGCAAUGGAAGCAGGAAGCUCAGGCGAUAAUCGGCGACGUGCGGGACCACGUGCGCGACAUCGUCGUCUGCGACAGUCCAGCUCUGCGUAGCAGCAACCGUGCGAUUCACCUGAAUCUCACGACCCUCGAGGGCCUCGAAUUUUGCGUUCGCCUCUCGCCCCAGGGUUUCAGCAUAGUGGGCAAUCGACACAAUUGCACCGACAACGCGAAAAUCGACGGCGAGGAUGACGACGGUGAAUACUACGAGACAAUCUACAGUUUAUUGAACGUCAUCAGUCCACAAUACAGGAAUUCAUUCGGAAAUAGUUUGUUAGAUAGGCUGCAACGGCUCAGCGAGAGCCAGAGAUGA